AAAUAGUUCGGCUAGUGGUUAAGUAAUACACCUACAAUCCUUCGUUCAAAUUUUUUUACCAGUCGCACCCUAAAGAAUAAUUAAAAAGCAUUCAUUUAUAUUACCGGUAAUCUAAACUUACUCGAAUUCGUUUGCCGUAACCCACCACUGAUAAAAAGGUUUUUAAUGGCGGGUGCAAUGUGGUUUGUUCUCACGUCAAACGUCACUGAUAUGACAUCCGAACAUUUGUAAUACAACAAUGGAUCCUUUUACCUCUGAGAGGCAUUAAAGACCAACAGGGGGUGAGUUCGGGUGCUUUAUAAUAGAGUAGCGGGUAAUGGUAACACACGAUUACUUUCGUCCCAGGCAAUUAAUUCGAAGUGUGAAGUGCCUUAUUAAGGCAUUUAAAACUUUUAAUUAUUAUCAAUUUUGUGUUACACACAAUGAAAUCGUAUUUUUAUAUCUUUUUCUGUACAAUACUUUCUGUAUGGUCUACAAAGGAUUUCAGAGCUUAAAUAUUGAUCACGCUAAUUUCAGAAACAUGUUUUGCAAUUAAUUAAUUGAUUUAAAAUAAAAUCUGCCUUAAUUCAAUUAAAGACGAUGUUAUAGGGACAGAAGGAAGAAGAUCACGUGUCGCGGGCCCAGUUAGUUAUAAAAAAACAUGAAUUCUGGCACCUCUAUAAAAUAAUGUAAAUAUUUGGUGAAUCAUCUUCAAUGUUUGAAAAUGAAUUAAAUGUAAAUGAUUUUCUUCGCUCUGAUCUUAUGCCCACGUAUUUUAUGGUGGAAGGUGAGAGCGUUGGAACAAAUAAGUCUGUACUUGAUGCGGUAGGACCACCAGUAAAUGGAUCAAUCGAUGCAGCACUUUCAACGUUGGCUUUCCAUAGGAAAAUGAUGAACGAAUACCAAUGUCGGAAUUACAUAGCUGAACAAAUAUUGGAAGAAAUGGGAAAGAAUGUUCUACAAGACAGGCUCGGGAAACCGUUUAGUGAUGGAAAAGAGAACAGUCUUAUGAGGAAACAAGAUAUGAGGAAUAACGUUAUGUUUGACGUCGGAUCCGCAAAUUAUCAUGAAUGGCUGGCUAAAGUGGCGGCAUUCAAUGACGUAUAUAAUACCGCUAAUCCCAACCCCGGCGCCGCAGGAGUGGGUAAUACUUCAGAUGUUAUAGCACCAGGGUCAGGGCAAACCCCGACGCUGCAGACUAGAGAUGGCUAUGAGGUAUAUGAAGGGACAGAGCCAUUUACCGGCUAUGCCAAUUCUGGAGUACCGGCGCAUGAUGUGUCUAAGUAUAGUGGUUACGAGUACUCGAUGCCGCCGCCCCCGCCGCCGCUGUACCACCACUCUUCGGGGGUGCAACAGACCCAUGUCGUCGAGGAGUACGCGGUAGAUCGUGACAGUCACGGCCUGGGUCUCGCGGAUCUGUUUGAAAUAUCACUCACUGGCAUCGCCUUUUUGUCUUUUGGCAUGUUCGUGCUCCAAGUCCUAAUGUGUAUUACCAUGAACCCCCAACAACCUCAAGUUAUGCAGAUGGUGGACAACAGCGGCGAUACCGUGAACGUUGACGACGGGUUUCGGUUUAAGAGGGACACACAUGAGCAGCGGCCCUCAGUUCCCGCGGUGAACUUGAUGGCUCGUUAUGCCUUACUUGCAUUGCGUCCGCGGUCAACACCUUGUCUGUACCGAGCUUUAUGUGUUGGAAAUAAGAAGGCGAGGGAUUUCCGCGACGGCAACUGGUAUUGGUUGCCAGUUUGGCAUGCAGGCGUGGCGUGGACGCGCGGCGGGGCGCUGGGCGCGCUCAGAGCGGCCGCCUUGGGCCUGGGCGGUGCCAACUGCGACGAAUACUACCCGCCCGCACAUUGCGCAAGAGUGACCGAUACGUGAUUGAUCAUUUUGUGUCUAAUUUGUUUGUUUUCUACUCUGAUUGUUUCGUUGUUCAUGUGAAUUACUUGUAGAAUUAGUAUUUGCCUCGACUUCUUGUUGGCUUUGUUCUGUUUACGUUUUUCCAAAGUAAAUAUUCAUUGCUAUCCAGUUUUUGCAAUUUAAGAAAAAAAAUCCACUAUUAUAAAGUCAAUUAAAGUUCAUUAUACAUACAUACUUUUUGAUGUAACAACCGUAUUGUUUUGUAAAACUACCACUUUACCUUAGGUUAUGUAGAGAAAUCAUUGGUGUUAGACAAAAAAAAAUAUCAAUCAUAUGAUUAUAAUAAUACUUUAUUGCAGAUUGUAUUGCUUUAACGUAAUAACAUCUAAGUAUUUACACUUACAUUUAUAAUACCAAUUAACAUUACAUUAAACUUAAUGCCUAAUCAUUAAAGGUAGGGAAUGUAUGAAAUAUCUUGAUUAAAAGUUCGUUACGAAGUGUUAGGUAAACAUGAUGGUAUUUGCUGUCGAAGCUUUUAUUUCGACACAAAAUGAAAGCUAAAGACCCUUCUACCGGUCAUUAAUAUUCGUUGCAUGAAGUAUUUCACACCAUUGAUUUAGGACGAUACAUAUGAAGUGACAAAAGUGGCAAGUUAAGUAACUAUGUACUGUUCGUACAACAAACAAAAUAGUUAACACGCUAUUAACAAAACCAAAAUAGAACAUGACUGAAGCUAGAAGAGCAAAAUAAUAAAACAAUAAAAUGUCCAACUAAUAAUAAAAUAACAUUUGUUUUACGUGCUGUUUGUUAUAUUAUGGCUUUCUGAUCGGAGAAUUUAUUUUUAACAUGAAUAUAUGUACUUAAUACAAUAAUAAUUAGAAAAAUACUGUCUUACUUAGUUUUUAACCCGACCUUGUAGCAUUCUGAUAAGCAUGGGCUUUUGAAGCGAUGUCCUUGCGCUGCGCUGCGUCAUGAAAGCUUCAUCUGAUGUUUCAAGGGAGAUCUUAUACUAUUACAUUAGGAAAUACUGU